AACCGUCUCUCACAGGCUGACGCAGUGACCAAUCAGCAAAGACACGGGAAAAAGAUGGAAUGACGUUGCCUAGGGGCGGAGCCAAGGCAGCUUAGGGGGCGGGCGUUUGAAACCGGUGCUUCAUAGUCGACCCCAAAUAUCAUCUUUUUUCCUUUGCGAACCAAUUACUUAAUCUCUCUUGCGUCUUUUCCUUUCCCGACCCCCUCCCAGACUCGUUCGCUGCGGUUCUGCGAGGACGGAGGCGCCAGGAGCCGGUCCGCGUCUCGCAAGAGAGAUGUGAGGAGAGCUUGCCAACUGACCGACCCAACGGCUCCUGCUCCUCAGUAGACCCCGCAGCCUAGGGACUAGAGUUGUCACUUAAGUGGAUAUGAAGAAGGCGCAAAUAAGUACGGGGGCAGCCACGAGCUUUCCAAAGCUGUCAGAACCAUCCAGUCUUUUGGGGUGAAGGUUCCUGUUACUAUGGUUGCCACAGAUCAGAUGAAGUCUACAUGACAACUGCUCUCUACUUGAGAGAAGCCAGAGGCCAGACUUACUGUGAAGAUUGUGUCUUAUUCACAUCCCUGAAGAGAUUCUGCUGCACCCCAGUCUGUGCACCCAGUAGCCUACAAGAGGAAAGAACCAGGUUCCAACGGAACAUAUUAGACCAAGGCUCCCUGACUGAGCUGCUGCCCUGAGUGCUGGCUCUGGGUUAGUCAGCAAGCCUAACAAAAGUUAGUCCCAUCACAUGCACAGAGGCUGUCAGGAGAUUCGGCUCCAUCACAGCCACAGCAAGUCUUCUUUAUUUAUUUUUUAAAUCCCCUUCCUCAAUCCUGUGUGUAUAUUGGAGUUUGGUGUAUACAUUGAAGCUAUGAAGACGAAGUCCACAUGUGCUCAGAAUCCAAAUUGCAGCAUAAUGAUAUUUCGUCCAACCAAAGAAGAGUUUAAUGAUUUUGACAAAUACAUUGCUUACAUGGAGUCCCAAGGGGCACACCGAGCUGGACUGGCCAAGGUCAUCCCACCAAAAGAAUGGAGGGCCAGGCAGUCUUAUGACAAUAUCAGCAACAUCUUAAUAGCAACUCCCCUGCAGCAAGUGGUCUCUGGGCAGGCAGGCGUGUUCACCCAAUACCAUAAGAAGAAGAAAGGCAUGACAGUGGGGGAGUACCGUGAGCUGGCCAACAGCAAAAAGUACCAGACCCCGCCACACCUGGAUUUUGAAGAUUUGGAGCGAAAAUACUGGAAGAAUCGCCUGUAUGAGUCACCGAUUUAUGGUGCUGACGUCAGCGGCUCCCUGUUUGAUGGGAAGACUCAACAGUGGAAUGUGGGUCACCUGGGAACAAUUCAAGACCUAUUGGAACAGGAAUGUGGCAUAGUGAUUGAGGGCGUCAACACGCCCUACCUGUACUUUGGCAUGUGGAAGACCACCUUUGCGUGGCACACGGAGGACAUGGACCUGUACAGUAUCAACUACCUACACUUUGGGCAGCCCAAGACCUGGUAUGCUGUGCCCCCUGAGCAUGGCAGGCGCCUGGAGCGCCUGGCCAGGGAACUCUUCCCUGGCAGCUCCCAGGGCUGCCAGGCCUUCCUGAGGCACAAGGUGGCGCUCAUCUCGCCCACUGUGCUUAAGGAGAAUGGCAUCCCCUUUGGUCGCAUCACCCAGGAGGCUGGGGAGUUCAUGGUCACCUUUCCCUAUGGCUACCACGCGGGCUUCAACCAUGGCUUCAACUGCGCAGAGGCCAUCAAUUUUGCCACCCCAAGGUGGAUUGACUAUGGCAAGGUGGCAUCUCAGUGCAGCUGUGGGGAGGCCAGGGUGAGCUUCUCCAUGGACGCCUUUGUGAGGAUCUUGCAGCCUGAGCGAUAUGAACUGUGGAAACGUGGCCAAGAUCAGGCAGUUGUGGACCACACAGAGACUAUGGUGUCUACCAGUCAGGAGCUCACCACCCGGCGGGUGACCAAAGCACCAAGAAAAACUUGGGGCUUGAAGCGUCUCCGGCUUCGCCAGGUCUCACGAUCUCUUCUGCCUAUAGCCACGGUAAGUAACGUUCCUUGCAACAUGCAGGUGUGCCACACCUCCAGGCAACCAUCAGAUGUGAAAGGUGAUGAUGUCCAGAAGUCUGACUCAGCCAGAGCCUCACCACAUCCUCUGAGUCUGCCUUCUUCUGGUCACAUGUCAACUAGAAGAUGUAGUCUUGGUCGUCGUCCUUGUGAACUAGGAGCUCAGGAGUCCUCCAAUGGAGCUCCAGUCAAGAGGCAACUUCCAGCAGGCAGAGAUGACACAAGCCCCAGUCCAGAGCUUCAGCCCCAGGCUGUGAGUGGAGACUUAAUAGUCGACUCAGGACUUGUGAACCCUGGCCCACAGCAUCUUAUGACAGCUUCUGAAGGGGGAUUGACCUCCGACCCCUAAACCUAUGUCCUGGUUUAUAGGGAUGCUCCCUAAGUCCAUUACCUCAUAGUUUUGACUGAGUUUGCAGGACAUUGGCCAUACCUGAGAGAGCUCCUGGUCAGUUCUAACUCCUAAACACACCAUGCACUUCCAGAACUUGGCAAGCCUCUGGAUAACUGCUAACUCCUGCUCUUCCAGCUGAGGUUGCAUUGGUCACUACUGUUGAGUUUCUGCAAGCUAAAUUCAGCUGAGGCUGCUCAGCACUGAUCUCCCAUGCUCAAGGCCAACUCUAGAGGAAGCAGAACACUCACACUCUCCUCCCCCUCUGCCAUUUCUUGCAAAAUAAAUGUCUGACUCUUGACCGCUAGAUUACUCCUCACAAAGAAGUAGUCACAAAAAAGAUUAAAGCCACUUGAGAGUCACAGAUGACCUCUCAAAGUUGAUGUGUUACACAGUGUCUCACCCAGCUUUCACAAAUAAAGCAAAACAGCCAAAAGGUUA